AUGGCUGCUCUCAAAGACAUUCAGCCUACAGGAGAGUUCACCUGUCAGCUGUGUGGCUUAACAGCUCCAUACACAUACUACGGGCAGAAGCCACCAAACACAUGCUCUGUUGUGAUUUUGGAAGAAAGCUAUGUCAUGAAGGAUCCUUUCACCCCUGACAAGGACAAAUUCCUCAUCCUUGGGUCUCAUUGCAGUUUGUGUAGCAGAUCAGUGUGCGUUGGUACAGAAUGUAGUCUGUUCUACUCCAAAAGGUUCUGUCUCCCCUGUGUGAAUGAAAACCUAGAGGCCUUUCCUUUGGAAAUACGAGAAGAUAUGGAUAAAAGGAAACCCCAACAAAAAUGCAUCCCCUGUAAAAAAACAGAUACAAGAAGCUCGCUGCUACGGAACGCAGCAACACAUGUCCUUACAACUGGCUUGGCUUCAGACGUCAUCACGCAGCGAUUGCAGUGCCAGCAGUAUGGCCUUAAGGUGUUGAAACGCCAGAAAGGCAGGCAGACGAGCAUGUUGUCACCACGUAAAACGCAGGUGCAGAGCGGCAGGAAACACACGUUGGUGCUGCGGGUCCUGCCGCGGAAGGAGCAGAGGGAGUCACCAUCCCCGGGGCUCCAGCACCCCGCGGCCCCAGCGCCCGAUUCUGCAAACAUUGACACAAGCUCUCCGCCGAGAUUGGCAGUGGGUGUGCAAGAGCGCAGAGCAGAGCUGCUCCCGUGUACAUCCAAGUUACUCGUGCGUGCACGGCCACUGAAUGAGGGACGCGGGGAAGGCUUGGCAGCUGCUCUGGAGAAAUCACACAAGAGGCAGCCAGCAGAGGGUAACGAGUACGUUCGACUGAAAACUGUGACACUACAGUGA